AGGCAGUAAUUGAAUGUAUAGUGCAACUAUUAUAUGAAAAUAUACCUGGAUUAAAUUUAUGAAAUGUUGAUGUAUACACUCGUAUCAAUACUAAUUUGUUUGUAUAUUUUUGGUUAAUUUUGUAGAAAUAAGCAAUGGCGGUUCCCAAGCUUGAUAAGAAGAUAGUGAAGAAGAGGUUCAAGCAGUUCAAGAGACCCCAAUCUGACCGAAAGAUCUGUGUGAAGACUAACUGGCGUAGGCCAAAGGGUAUUGAUUCGCGAGUGAGGAGAAAGUUCAAGGGAGUCACUUUUAUGCCAAACAUUGGUUAUGGGUCUGACAAGAAGACACGUCACUUCCUCCCCAAUGGCUUUAAGAAGUUUGUUGUGCAUAACGUCGGUGACCUUGAACUUCUGAUGAUGCACAACAGGACUUACUGUGCUGAGAUUGCUCCCAAUAUCUCAACCAAAAAGAGAAAAGACAUUGUCGAGCGUGCUGCACAACUUGACGUUGUUGUCACCAACAAGCUUGCAAGGUUGAGAAUCCAGGAAGAUGAGUGA